AUGUCACAAACAAGAGGCACGUUCGACUUCAUCUUUGACUACGUUGACAGAGAGUCUUACACAAAGUACUUUCGGUUGGUAGUUGCUGUAUGUGGUUAUAUCAUUGUUCGUGGGCUCUACCAGAAGUGGGCCACCAAGUUCCAUAUCCAGCAAGAAGUGAACAGAGACAAUGCGGAAAAAGCGGCCAAGCCUGCCAAAGACGCGGAACUCCAGAAACAGUACGAAGAGAAGUUGCAGCAGGAGGCCAAGACGUUUGGGUGGGGGAAGAAAACCAGAAGAGACACCAAGUUGAAACAGGCAUAUAUUGAAGAUCAGUUCAAUGAGUUAAGACAGAGGCAUCAAAGCGCGUACGACGCGGCCGAAGAUCAUGACAUCGAGUACCUUCUUGAGGACUAG